AGAGGAGCCGGCGCCUUCGGUUGCUGGCUCUCUUCUCGAGCCCGGUUGCUGGGAGACUUUCCGGGAUCUUCUUCGUGGUCUACCGUCCGCCUCCUUUUUGCCGGAGAGCUGUUGCCCGACGCUCCGCUUUUUAAUCGCCGUGGUCGGACCUCUCCGUUGUAGCUUAAGGAGCUGCUGUCAGCAGUUCCUUCUCCUUCCAGAGUUGUUUCGCAAAGCUUUGUGAUUUCUCUGGAGCAUUUCUCUCUGCCCCCGGGGCUACUGGGGGUUGUUUUCCUUCUCGCUUUCCCUGAACGAAUUUUCUUUCCUGGGACUCUAAAUACCGCCGGUGCAACCCGUCUUCUUUCGCUGUCCCUAAAGCUGUGCGCAGAUGGGACAUAGCUCUCCAGGGAGAAUAUGAGGAGAAGUUUAGCUCCCAGUCAGCUGGCCAAGAGAAAACCUGGAGGUGAUGGCUCUGGAGAAGAUGAGGACUGGUAUCCUGAAGCAACUCCAAAGAGGCAAAAACAUAACACUAAGGCUGAUAUCCAGGAAUGUUAUUUAUCUCCUUUCCGAAAACCUUUAACUCAGUUAACCAAUCGAAUUCACUGCCUUGAUGGUAGUAAACAUGAAGCCUUUAUCCGCAGCAUUUUAUCAAAACCUUUCAAGGUUCCUAUUCCAAAUUAUACAGGCCCCCUGGGAUUGAGAGCAUUGGGCAUCAAACGUGCAGGAGUUAGGCAUGCUCUCCACGACCCUUUUGAAGAAGGGGCUCUGGUUCUAUAUGAACCCCAACCUUUGAGUGCUCACGAUCAACUGAAAGUAGACAAGGAUAAAACGCCUGUUCAUGUUGUGGUAGAUCCUUGUCUUAGCCGUGUUUUACGACCUCAUCAGAGAGAGGGAGUGAAGUUCCUGUGGGAAUGUGUUACGAGUCGUCGGAUCCCCGGAAGUCAUGGCUGCAUCAUGGCAGAUGAGAUGGGUCUAGGAAAGACCUUGCAAUGUAUCACUUUGAUUUGGACACUUUUGCGCCAAAGUCCAGACUGUAAGCCUGAAAUUGACAAGGCAAUCGUGGUUGCGCCUUCCAGUCUGGUGAAAAACUGGUACAAUGAAGUGGGUAAAUGGCUUGGAGGAAGAAUCCAGCCACUGGCUAUUGAUGGAGGCUCUAAACAGGAUAUAGACAACAAGCUAGUUGGAUUCGUGAACCAGCGAGGCCGUAGAAUCCCAUCCCCCAUCCUGAUAAUUUCCUAUGAAACUUUCCGUCUCCACGCAGAAGCUCUCAAGAAAGGGAGUGUUGGAUUGGUCAUAUGUGAUGAGGGCCACCGGCUGAAGAACUCAGAUAACCAAACAUACCAGGCUCUCAACAGCUUGAAUACGCCACGCCGGGUUCUCAUCUCUGGCACUCCCAUUCAAAAUGAUCUCCUUGAAUAUUUCAGUCUAGUACAUUUUGUCAACUCAGGCAUUCUAGGAACAGCCCAGGAAUUUAAAAAGCACUUUGAAAUCCCCAUUUUGAAAGGCAGGGAUGCAGAUGCAAGUGAGGCUGGAAGGCAAAAAGGAGAGGAGAGACUGAAAGAGCUGAUCAGUAUUGUUAACAGAUGCCUAAUAAGGAGAACUUCGGAUAUUCUCUCCAAAUACCUGCCAGUGAAAAUUGAGCAGGUGGUGUGCUGCAGGCUGACUCCCCUUCAAGCAGAGUUAUACAAAUACUUUCUGAUGCAAGCAAAACCUGCAGAAGAUCUGAAAGAGGGGAAGAUGAAUGUUUCUUCUCUCUCUUCAAUCACAUCUCUGAAGAAGCUCUGUAAUCACCCUGCCUUGAUUUAUGAAAAGUGUGUAGAAGAGGAAGAAGGGUUUGCUGGAGCUUUGCAGUUGUUUCCAUCUGGCUACAGUGUUAAGUCUCUAGAACCUCAGCUCUCAGGAAAGAUGCUGGUUUUGGACUACAUUCUGGCAGUUACUAGAAGCACCAGUAAUGAUAAAGUAGUCUUGGUGUCCAAUUACACACAGACCCUCGACCUUUUUGAGAAACUCUGCAGAAAUAGGAGGUAUUUGUAUGUCCGUCUGGAUGGUACCAUGUCCAUUAAAAAGAGAGCAAAGAUAGUGGAACGUUUCAACAAUCUUUCUAGUCCUGAAUUCAUUUUCAUGCUGAGUAGCAAAGCUGGGGGGUGUGGCUUAAAUCUAAUUGGAGCAAACAGACUCGUGAUGUUUGAUCCUGAUUGGAAUCCAGCCAAUGAUGAACAAGCCAUGGCCCGAGUGUGGAGAGAUGGCCAAAAGAAGAUAUGCUAUAUCUACCGAUUACUUUCAACAGGGACAAUUGAAGAAAAGAUCUUCCAGAGGCAGACACACAAGAAGGCACUUAGCAGCUGUGUAGUAGAUGAAGAACAAGAUGUGGAAAGACACUUCUCUCUGGGGGAACUGAAAGAGCUAUUCACACUUAAUGAGACCACUACAAGUGAUACCCACGACAAGAUCAAAUGUCGUCGCUGUGUGAAUGGCCAUCAAGUCAGACCUCCUCCAGAGGGAUCUGACUGCACUUCUGAUUUAUCUCAGUGGCAUCACUGUGCUGAGAAACGUGGCCUCAAGGACACUGUCCUCAAGACUGCCUGGGAGGGUGCGGUCACUUUCACUUUCUAUCAUCAGUCACAUGAAGAACAACGAGGGAUACCAUGACCAUUGGCUCAAUCUUCUGGAAUUUAAGCUCUUUCUUUAAAAAAAAAUGAAUUUUUUCGAUACCUCUGUGUUAGCAACAUUAGGAUUGGAUGUUUUUUCAUCUCAAUCUGUAUAAAGUAUUACAGACUAUCUUCACAAAUACUUUGCUAAAAUAUUUGGUUACAAGCAACCAUCAUAAAUAUUCUUUUUCUGAAAAAGUAUGUCUGAGCUUUUACUGUCAAUCUGCUAAAUGUGUACAGAAUAUUCUACUAGCAGUGAUACUAAAGUUGGACUAAUCUUUCACCUCUAGAAUGCCUUGGUAUCAUGAGGUCUAUGUAAGUCAGAUGGACUAUUUAAUCCCAAACUGUGAACAAAUACCAUUUUUAGAGAAAAAGCUUGAAAUUGAAUCACUAUCACAUAUCAUUGUGACAUCAUUUUUAAAAUUUAUUUGCUCGAGUGACUAAUAUUGCAUUAUCUAGUUUUAAACCUAUUACAGGAACAAUUUUUAGAUCAGGAUCAUCUUCAAUUAUAAAAUCAAAAAUUGGUUCUGUUUUUACAACAAAUCAAUAAGUAAAAGGGGAAAGGAUACUGUUCCAAUUGGGUAUAUAUAUCACAAGAAGCAAUCAGUUAUUUCAUAUGUCAGUAUGUAUGUGAGAAGAAAGUAACAAACGAUGUAUAUGUGUUUAUAAAAUUGUUUUUGCUCUAAUAUAAUAGUAAUUUCUGGUACACUAAAAUGUUUACAAAAACAGAAAAGCAUUUGCUUUAUUUAACUAUUUUCAUAUAUUGAGAAAGAUAAAUGUUUGUGAAAUCUUUGUACAGGAAGACUAAUGAUCAAGAAAAGAAUCCUAAAGGAUUGUGUUUAUGUUGUCCUCUGAAUUACUGGGAUUAUAUUGAAAAAUUAAAAAUCUUUAUGAGGAGAUGCUUGAAAUGCUAUUUUCUAGGACAUGGAUUAAAAAUGGACAUUCAGGUUGCUCAAUACUGAGCAGUUAAUUUAAAUAAUAAUAGGAUUAUCGCUGUAAUACUUUUUAUUUUAACAAAAAGGCCUGCAUAAAUAGUAAACAUACUUCAGAAGGCAGAAGUAUCAUAUAGACUCUUGUUAAAAUACAGAAGGCAACUGAACGACAUAAACUGUUGUGGUGUAUUUGGUAGAAUAGUUUAAUCUGAUCUAGAUAUUUUCAUCUACAGACUACAAAAUAGGUUUCAGUUUUAAACUAAGAAUGUCUAUGGAGAUUCUCAGUCAUCCAGGUCAUAGUUGUCUCAAAGGUGCUUUUUCAACAGGCAACUGGACUUUCUUGUUUUUCAUUGAAGAUAUUUCGCUUCUCAUCCAAGAAGCUUCUUUAAGCUAAGUUUUCCAUUGUUGUGUUGUUAACUUUUGAUUUAGCAUAAUAGCUAACCUCAUACUUU